AUGUUUCGCUUAACAAUUUUGGCGCUAUUCGCUAUUAUCGGCAUGGCCACGUGUCAAUGGGGACCACAAUUUGGUGGACAACAAGGAUUCCAACAGGGAGGCUUCCAACAAGGGGGCCGAGGGGGCUUCGGGGGCCAGCAAGGUGGAUUCCAACAAGGAGGCCGAGGGGGCUUCGGAGGCCCACAACAAGGUGGAUUCCAACAAGGAGGCCGAGGUGGAUUCGGAGGCCCACAACAAGGUGGAUUCCAACAAGGUGGACGAGGGGGCUUCGGCGGACAACAAGGCUUCCAACAGGGAGGCCGAGGGGGCUUCGGAGGCCCACAACAAGGCGGAUUCCAACAAGGAGGCCGUGGUGGAUUUGGUGGACAAGGCUUGAUUGGAUCUAUUCUUGGAUAA